AUGAGCCCCUCAAGGUUGCCACCCACAUCCCUGCUUGUCUCUCUUCCUCAGGUGCUCCUGGCCUCAGUGCUUUGCUUCACCUCUUCUCUGGACACAAGAUACAACAUCCAGAUAGUGGGGGUGCUCCCUGCAGGAUUCCCUCACCCUCUCCUUCCCAGCCUGACUGAGCUGCCUGGGAUUCUGGCCGACUCGCUGCCCAUUGCCCUGGUGACUUUCGCUGUGUCGGCCUCUCUGGCCUCCAUCUAUGCGGAUAAGUACAGCUAUACAAUUGACUCCAACCAGGAACUCUUGGCGCAUGGUGUCUCCAACCUCAUCUCCUCCCUCUUCUCUUGCUUUCCCAACUCGGCCACACUGGCCACGACCAGCCUACUAGUGGACGCUGGGGGCAAUACACAGCUGGCCGGCCUCUUCUCCUGCGGGGUGGUCCUGUUGGUCUUGCUGUGGCUGGGGCCCUUCUUCUACUACUUACCCAAGGCUGUCCUGGCAUGCAUCAACAUCUCCAGCAUGCGCCAGAUGUUCUUCCAGAUGCAGGAGCUCCCACAGUUAUGGCGGAUCAGUCGAGUGGACUUUGCUGUGUGGAUGGUCACAUGGGUUGCUGUCGUGACCCUGAGUGUGGACCUGGGUCUGGCUGUGGGCGUGGUCUUCUCCAUGAUGACUGUGGUCUGCCGAACCCAGAGGGUGCAGUGCCUGGCACUUGGACUCGCUGAAGGAACAGAGCUCUACAGGCCGCUCAGGGAGAGCCGCAAGCUCCUCCAGGUUCCUGGGCUCUGUGUCCUCAGCUAUCCCACACCACUCUACUUUGGAACCCGGGGUCAGUUCCGCCGUGUUCUAGAGUGGCAUCUGGGGCUUGGCGAGAGGGGCAAGGAGACUCCAAAGCCUCCUGAUGCAGUUGCUGAGCCUGUCCGAGUGGUGGUCCUUGACUGCAGCGGGGUGACCUUUGCAGAUGCUGCUGGGGCCAGAGAAGUGGUACAGCUGGCCUGCCGCUGUCGAGAUGCGGGGAUCCACCUUCUCCUGGCUCAGUGUAACGCCUCGGUGCUGGGGACUCUGACCUGGGCUGGACUCCUGGACACAGUCACCCCAGGUCAGCUGUUUGUGAGUGUCCAGGAUGCUGCUGCUCACGCCCUGGAGAGACUGGAACUCACUGGUCCAAAAAAUUGCACAGUGUGGGUCUGAUCCGGUCACUUGGAGAGUGGACAGCUCCAACAAUGUGGGGUCAUGGGGGGUGGGUGGACUAUGCUCCUAAGCCCCCAUAACUAGUGUGGCUAAUAAAACAAAGCGUGGGGCCUCUGGAA